UUUUUGUCCAAUAAACAAGCUGUUCUCAGAGGAAAAUAACCCCAGAACACUGUAUGAAGCUAGAAAGGUGGCAGGGUCCGCCACCUAUAAACAAAGUAAAAUGGUACGCAAUUGUGUUCUCCUUUAAAAAGGUGCCAUUUGUAAGAGGAGCACCUGUAAAAUUGUCCAAAGCUGGGAUGGCGGCCGACCCGUCCCACAAACCCAGUGCGUCUUCUUCUGACGAGUUUGGAACGAGAUUCAAAAAUCAACUUUUCCUGCGGAUAGCACCUUUAAAGGUCAGUUUGUUUAUUCAGUUUAUUCAGUGAUGAAGAGUCUGUUCAUUUUGUUCAGCCAGUCAAGAUCCUUCACGUCCCUCCCCAGAACUACAUAAUGUGCCUUUAAUACCACAUGAGAUGAAGAAAAGAAGUGAAUCAGAACUGAGACUGGAGGCUUGUUUUGUGUGUGCGUGUUGCAUUUGUGCUUGAAAUAUUGAUCUGAGGUCUGAUUGAUCCCAUUAGUAACCACAGGAAAAUGUAUAUAUAUAUAUAUAUAUAUAUAGAGAGAGAGAGAGAGAGAGAGAGGGGGAGAAACGUGGAUAAUUUAAUAUCCUGGAGAUUUUUUCCCUCCUCAAAGACACUUUUUCAAGCGUGAAAGGAGUUUUGACUGUGCGGUGCUGACCCGGUGCGGACCUGACCGAGCCACAGGUUCGGACAGUCACUCGCUGGGCUGAGCGCCUCGCUGACAGGCUGACAGGCUCGUCGGCUACACGUGAUGGUCGGUGCGCGUCACCGAAGCGCCGUCGCUCGCCUGGAGACUGGAGCAGGGCUGACUGACACUGUGUGCAGCAGGCGACUAUUUGAGCGUGCCAAGUGAAGGGAAGGCAAAAAAAGAAAAAAAAAAAACAUGGCUGGUUUAAUGGCAGGCUUUGGUCAUUACACCCACGCCGUCGUCCGGGGAGUCCCGGCGUCCCUGGCCGCGGAGGCGCUCCGGAGCACCGCGGCGGAGGUGGACCUGUCCAAGGCGCAGAGGGAGCAUGAGGCGUACGUCGAGGUCCUGCGGACGAGGCUCGGGCUCGAGGUGGUCGAGCUCCCCGCGGACGAGUCGCUCCCGGACUGCGUGUUCGUGGAGGACGCGGCCGUGGUGUGCGGCGACACGGCGCUCAUCACCAGACCCGGGGCGGAGAGCCGGAGGAGAGAGACGGAGUUAAUGAAAGGAGCUCUGAAGGAUUUGAAUCUGAACCUUGUGGAAAUGACUGAUGAGAACGCCACACUGGAUGGAGGGGACGUGCUCUUUACAGGUCGAGAGUUCUUUGUGGGCCUUUCCAAACGGACCAAUCAGAGAGGAGCAGAGAUCCUGGCAGAUGCCUUUAAGGACUAUGCCGUGUCUACUGUGCCAGUGCUGGAGGGGCUGCACCUGAAAAGUUUCUGCAGCAUGGGAGGACCAGGCCUCAUUGUCAUUGGCUCCAGUGAACCGGCACAGAAAACCCUCAAAAUCAUGCAGCAGAUGAGUGACCAUCGCUAUGACAAGCUGACUGUGCCUGAUGACUUGGCUGCCAACUGCAUCUACAUGAACCUGCCUAAUAAGGGACAUGUGCUGCUGCACUGCACGCCAGAGCAGUAUCCAGAGAGUGCUAAGGUGUUCGACAAAUUGAAGGACCACAUGCUGAUCCCCGUGUGCAACAAGGAGAAGGUCAAAGUGGAUGGAGCCCUCACCUGCUGCUCUGUACUCAUCAACAAGAAGGCCAACAUCUGAGCGCUCACCGGGGGGUCUCUGAGUACAUGGUAACCAAGCGGAGCCUGUAUCUGAUCACCAAGGAUUUAGGAAAAUCAGCAAAACUAUCUUUGUACUUAGAGGAAGGGUAGACAAGUUUGUCAUUGCUGAGGGAAAAAGAAAAUAUAAAUCAAAGGGAGUCAUCUUCCCCCCAAAACAAUUGACCUAACCCUAACCCUAAGAAUACUAUGAAAGAAAUUAAAACCUAUUUCACAUCUACACUGGCAAAAAAAAAAAAAAAAAUGCAGAGCACGUAAGAAAAAAUGAAUACUUUAAUCACUUGCAAAGUAAAUUAACUAAUUAAGAUCCAUCUUGAACUUCAAUUAAGCCUUGUCCAAACUGUAUUGAAGACAUGUUAAGGCCUAAAAUUCAGAUAAUUGGAUUUGAGACUUUUUAAGGACCAUGUCAAGUUAAACUUGUGUCUUAAAAACUUUUUUUGGAAUUGUUUGGUUGACAUACAUCACUAUUAGUUUUAGUUUAUGUGUCUUAUGGGUCUGAAUUAAGAUAUAAAAAUUCAUCGCUCUUGACUUGGAUGUAUUCUAACAUUAUGACAAGGCAAAAAACAUGCUUGCAGGUUAGAUAAUGGUUCAUCAGUUCAACCCAUGUAAAGCCACUUUUUGACAGUAUUUGCUUCUUUACAAAUAGUCUACAAAGUGUUAAAAUGUAGCUCCAAUUAAUUAUAAAUCUGACAGAGGAAAGAUCUGAUUCCAGAUCAGUAGACCAUGUGCCACGUGGAGAUCCCCCGCACACUCCCCCUUAAACCUGCAGAGCCCCUUCUGCUCAUGUGUGGACCAAUCCUCACUUACUGUUAGAUGUUUACAACCAUUUAAGAGAACCACGCAGAACAACUGAACCAACAAAACCAGAUGGAUCUGUUUGAUCAUUCUUGUUGCCAUUGAAAAGUACUGUCAACAUUGCACUGCAGGUCUAUGAAUUACAUAAGUGACACAGUGAAGAAUGUAAACAGUUGGUUUCUGCUGUUUACGUGCGCCAUUUUAACUGUGAUUUAAUUCUGAGUGUUUGGUUUUACUGUAUAAUUCAAUUGGGACUCAGUUUGUAAUUUGCUUCUCGAGAACUGCAUUUCGGAGCAACAUGAGAACAUUUCCUUGUCACACAUUUAAAUACUGCCAAAUAGCAGUGUUUAAGUAUUGAAAUGUGUUAGUUAAAGGGACAGUUCGCCUCGAGAUCAAAAAUAUGUGUUUUUCCUCAUCCAGAUUGUUUUGGUAAGAGUUGAGCUGAGCUGUGGAGAUAUCGGCCAUGGACGUAUCUGCCUUUAACGGAACUAGCUGGCACUGGGCUUGUGGAGCUCAAAGCGCCGAAACAUUACAUUUGAAAAAUUCAACAGCGAUUUAUCUUCUAAGAGAUGAUGACCCACUUACUCAAGAUAAUCCUCCGACCUUGUUGUCAGCAGUUUAAUGUAAGAACUUUUUACUUUUAACCAUAAUGCCGUGCAGAAGGACACAUGGAUCUACUCAGGGACGAGAGGCUCGUGCUUAUGACAGCAGAGGAUUUAAACAUUAAUGGCAUCCUCUUCAACUCAGUUAUCUAGCCUCUCCUCCAUGAGUAGAUCCUUCUGUGAUGGAAAAAAUAGUUCCUGAAACUGCUCACAACAAGUCCUGUGGAUUUGUGGAAAAGAGACAAUGCUGUUGAGUAUUUAUUUUGUUGGCCCUUUGAGCACCACAAGUGGAAUGUCAUCUAAUUCCAUAAUGGCUAAGAGAAGGCGGACAUCUCUGCAAGUGAUGUAUUCAAACAUUUUGGUGACUUACAUCAAAACAAUCUAAUAAGAUACAACAAAAAAAAAAUCCUUGAGGUAAGAGAAAACAUUUAUUUUCUGAUUUUGUGGUGAACUGUCCCUUUAAAUGCCUGCUGUUUCUUACAUUUGGUGCUGAGAACAUACAUAGUUUCAAGACCACUGACACACGAUGGCCAUUUAUCUGACUUAUAGGUUGUUUUGCUUUCUCAGUACAGCUUUUGAAAGGUCUUAUGGUGAUAGAAGCUUUUGGUACGAUCACAGUGUCAUGAUUUGAUUUUCUGAAGUCCUGCCAUUGAGACCUGAGGUGCUCUUACUUUUCACCAUUUCUCUAUAGCUCACUGAUUAUUUGCAACUGACUCACAGAACACUGGAGACGAUUUCUGACUAAUCUCGAUAAUUGCCACCAGCCAGAGACGCCAACAGGAGCUUGUUGAUUUAUUCCAAAAGGACCAUUUUGGUUAAGCAAAUUAGCAUCCCUCCCGGUAAGCUUUUGUUUAGAUGCAUGCGGGGAUGCAAAUGUAUUCAUCUGUGGCAGCCCUACAGAUGAGAUAAUCCUUUAUACAGAGCGCAGAUAAAAGCUCCAUGUGUGGGAAAUAUGUUUUCAUUAUUCUCGGAUGAACUAAGCUCCCGUUUAUCCCCGCGCAACACCUCUUUUCAUUUCAGUAUACAAUGCUUGUGUGGAAAACCAAUGUUGUCACUCCUGCUGAACGACUGUGAAGGCGCUGUAGUUUUUCCUCACACCACCGGUUCUGCCUGUGUUGUUCAUUACACUGGUUCUCUUUCUUUUUUCCUGUCUGGCAGUUUUUGCUCAAAACUGACUAAGCGCACGCUGUGAAGCGGAUUUCUGUUCCACUACAUCCAAUGAACGUGACUGCGCUGGGAGAGUUUGCACUCAGCAUGCAGAACAAGCUCGCGGCCCCCAUUUGGUGCGCUUCCAUGUGUGUUUCACGAUGGUGGCAGCCAGCGGGAGCCCAGAGGAUGUUGAUGAGCUCUGAUCUGGUGGCCUUACCUCUGUUGUCGCCGGCGUCCAUCUUUUAGGCCUUGUAGACCUGUGAAUGUACAUGUGCACUGUACGUACACUACACACCGUAUAUACGUUGAAACCUAUCACAUCUGAAACCGUGCUGUUUCUCAAUGUGAUCGUAAGUGAAAGUUGAGGAAAUGACAUCAGGAGGUGAUUCAGCCUCCCUCCAUAGACGUUUGUGCAUGGGCAAGCGGGCAGUGAUGAUGAAACAUGGAAAGAAUUCCUGCUGGGAGGAGAGGCUUGUACACCAGUAAACACUGACUCUCUUAAACGUUCUCUGUCGUUCUCUUGACUGUCUCACUCUCGGCGCUCACUUUCUCCCACCCUCUGCUAUUGCCUCAUAGACUAUCUGGGCUAAUUUAUGGCCAUGAUAUCAUACAGUCUGGCGAGCCCUGUAGAUGCGAUGGCCUGCCGUUAAAAGUGUGACACUGGUAGUAUAUUUUACAGAGGGCGACUGGCUUGGGUGCAGGGUGAUAGCGUAGCUGCAAAUGCAUCCAGUUCUGAUUCUCACAGUUACUCCAGAAGGCUGAGCCAGACAGGACCUGUCAUACUGAUUAGUACAAUGUCAAACACUGGAUUUUAGGGAAGUAAAGCCAUCUGAAAUAGCUCCGAAUCACCUCUUGGUUGUUCAGCUGUGGGGCACCGUAACCUCUUCCUAUCACUGACUUAAAAUCAGAGCGAUAUUUAAUACAUGUUUGGCUCUUGGCUGUCAAAACUGGAUGAGAGUAACAGCUCCUGAAGAAGCGUGCUGACCAUGUCGAACUCUUAUUUAGCCUCUUACUAAUCCCCUCACUCAUCCCAGUAGUCACUGAUGUUGUGUUUUCCAGCUCAGGUCUCUUGGUUUUCAUACAAGUUGUGAGUAAUAAUCUGACUCAUCUUAAUUGAGCCUUUCAUGUACUUUGCGUAAUAAAUUAACAUCUGACAUUCAA